AUGCCGGCGCUGCAGCAUACUGGCUGCCUGGCGGCGCCACUGUGGGUCGGGAGGCGGCGCCCCGCGCCUCUUGUCGCCUCGAAACAUGCCGCAUUUGCGGCCACGCGGCAGCACGUGCUUCGGGCGCCCGCCGGCCGCUGCGUCGGGCCCUGUCGCGCGGCGCCGACGACGUCCCGCGGGCGUGUCUCCCCCGGGUGGGAUGCAUCGAAGGAGGAACGGGAGAUUGCGGAGCGCGGCGCCGAGUCCGUCGACGACGUCCAGAUCAGGAUCGUUCAGUGGUACCCUGGCCACAUCGCCCGCGCCGAACGGCAGCUCAAGGAGCAGCUGAAGAUGGUGGACGUUGUGCUCGAGGUGCGCGACGCGCGGGUGCCUCUGUCGACGACGCACCCAGCGGUGCCGCAGUGGUGCGGGCGGAAGCCGCGGCUCGUCAUCAUGAACCGCGCGGACUGCGUAUCGGCCGAGGACCGAGCGGCGUGGGACGAAUUCCUCCAGAACACGAAGCAACGGUACUUCUGGACCGACGGAACAUCUGGCAAAGGCGUUCACGCGGUGCAGCGCGCUGCGCAGGCUGCCGGGCGGCGCAUGAACGCGACCCGCGAGCGCCGCGGUCUGCGGCCGCGCUCGGUGCGCGCCGUCAUGAUCGGCUUCCCGAACGUCGGCAAGUCGGCCCUCAUCAACCGCCUCGUCGCGCGGAAAAUCGUGGCGAGCGAAAACCGGCCCGGCGUGACGCGCGCGCUCCGGUGGGUCACGCUCGGCGAAGGCAUCGACCUCCUCGACGCGCCCGGCGUCAUCCCGAUGCGCCUGGACGAUCAGGUCGCCGCGGGGCGCCUCGCCAUGGUCAACGACAUUGGGGAGGCGUCCUACGUCGACUCAAUUGUUGCCAGCGCGCUGCUGGCGCGGAUGCGCGGCCUCCCGAGCGCGCGCGAGGUCAUGGCGCGCGUGGAGAAGCGCUACGGGAUCCCCGCGGGGGGGUCUUGGGGUAUGACAACCGAGGACAUCACGUGGCACGUGGCCGACUCGCUGUUCCACGGGGACCUGGAGACGGCGGGGGCGCGGAUCCUGAGGGACUACCGGAACGGGCGGCUCGGGUGGUUCGCGCUGGAGCAGCCGCCGCCGGCCGACUGGCUGGAGUGA